AUAUCACAAACCCGCGUCCCUCUUUUCUUUUCCCUCUCUCCUCUCACGCUCUUACGCUCUCCUCGCUCACUCACUCACCUUAUGCUGCCUCGUCUCACGGCUAUCCAAAACACCAUCAGCAACACCAGCCCGACGUCAACCAACCACGCAACACCACACGGUUCCUCACGCACGGCACCGCACGCACGCCAAGAGAUCUGCACCCACUUCGCUCUUCGCUCGCUUCUCUUUUUAACACCGACAUCCCGCCCACACCCACGCCUCUCCCGCUGAAAGUCUAAUCCGCUUACACACGCUCCCCAUAUCUCUCUUAACUUCGUGCCUGCAUCCUCGCCUCGUUCGUUUCCUGCACGCUGCGGCAACCCAGUGCGCCCGUCCUGCACGCUCACACACACAAACACCCACACUCACACUCCCGCCUACAACACUCAUUUACAUCAAGCGCCCGCCCCGUGCCUCGACAUCCUGUUCCCAGCUGGUCUGAAUCCCGAGAAGAAGAGAAAACCUUCCGCCCUUUCGCUCAUCAACCUAUACAUCUGGUGCAUCUCCGGUAUAUGCACCUUGACCGACCGAACAACUGCCCUCGCUCAACUACGCUCACGAUAUCGUCGCUAGCUCGACGACGACGAUAAAUCAUACAAAUUCCGCUCGCUACGGAGGACCGCAGGAAAAGGCGAGCAAGGAAAUCCGACUAGAAAGAGAAAGGAAAGAAAAGAAAAAGGCAUUCAAACAGGAAGAUUGGUGGGGGAAACCAGCUCGACGGAGCCCGCCACAUCUCGCGAUAUCCACAACACAUAUCCGCCGACGAUGAAGGUCUCACUCGCCCUUCUGACGACGCUGUGCGCGUCCCUCGCGGCCGCCGGCGUUGUGAUCACCCCCGUCCGCCCAAAUCAAAUCAUCCCGCCAGACCAGAAGGUAUCCGGGGACUGCUUCUUCGGCGUCGUCACGCCCCAGGGCUGCGCACCACUAAGGUCAUGAAAAGAACUCCUUCCCGGCCAGACAGCGAAAACUUUAGGCCCCGCAGUAAAGGAUCAUCACACUCUAUCCCGCCGUGUGAUGAGGAGGGGGAUUACGAAGAAGACAGGCCGGAGCUCGUCGCGAGCACUCAUUUUUUUUUGUUGCUCCGGCGAUUCCGAUGAACCGUCUUCUUCUCAAAAUGAUUCCACCACCACCACCUCCUCCGCCACGCUUCAUCGUAUAAAAAAAAGGCUUACCUCUUCCACCACGACGGUGGGGAGGGGAGAGGGUAUGGCCUUCGUGUCACCCUCGUACGAUGGAUGAGCAGCGGGAGGAAAGGCGGAGGAUGAAAAUCCCACAACUUUCAGUGACGGGUUCACGAAGCAUCAUCAGCACCAUCAUCAGCAUCAGCGACAUCUCAUUAUUUUUUGGGUAUUGGGCAUUUUCACAAUCAUGAAGGAGAGAGAGAAAGAGAAAGCGGAAAAGGGCGGACUUUCGGUGGAGGACUUUUUUUCCCCCUUCACCGACAAAAAAAACAAAACUAAUGUGCAUCCAAGUUCCGUACACAUCGCAGUCAUCGGCCUCCCACUUCGGACGUCCGAUGAUGCCGCGUGUAUGGUUCUUGGCAUUCUUCUUCACCACAUUUUUUCUUACUUCUUAUUCCUACCACCGAUAUCCCCCCUCAUCCUACUCCCCUUUUCUCAUCUAUCUCACCAUAUAACUAGAAUCUUCUAACCAUAUUAUUCACUUUUCACAUUAAUUGAAAAUGAAUAAAUUUUGAACAAAAUCCCCC